AUAAUCAGCUGGUUCGAAUAAAUCUAAUAUUUAAAAGAAUAAUUUCAGUGUAAAAAUUCACAGAAACAACUAAAAAUGAGUAUAUUACCGAAUAUUUUAAACAAGUCUGUAUCGUUUACAAGAACAUUCGCGAGGUCUAUUGCUUAUAAGAGCGCUAUAUCAUUAAGCAACUUAUACCCUCAAAGCAGCCUGAAACUAACAACAGUAGAAAAACCAAUUUUUGAAGAAGGGGUAGAUUUCAAUGGAGUCGUACCUAUGGACCAGUUAGAUAUUACAUACAGUAGAAGUUCAGGUCCGGGAGGUCAGAACGUAAAUAAAGUUAAUACAAAGGUCGAUGUAAGGUUUCAUUUAGAAUCAGCAAAUUGGCUAAGCGAUAAAGUAAAAUCUAAAGUUUUAGAAAAGUACCAUUCAAAAUUAACUAAAGAGGGAAACCUAGUUUUUCGAUCUGAUCUAACUAGAUCUCAGCAAUUGAAUUUGGCUGAUUGUUUACAAAAAAUAAGGAAAUGUAUUAGAGAAUCUCUCUAUGUAAAGCCAGAGCCUUCUCCAGAAACGGAAGAAAAAAUAAGGAGAAAUGCUGAAAAGGCUAAUAGAGAACGACUGGCAUUUAAACGAGAACGUGGUUUAGUCAAGAGGCUAAGACAGGGUCUAGAUUAUUAAUUUACUUAGAAAAAAUAAAAGUUUUU